AUGGUUGACACAUCCGGAUUCGGUAACAACUUUGACCCUUUUACUCAACCAGUUCGCCUUUACUAUCCCAACGGCACCGAUUUUCAUAGAUCCCUCGCAGAAAUCGAUUGGAUAUUACGAGACAACACCAACCAAAGCAUUGCAUAUGGCUGUCAGCUUGGCGCGUCGCUUACGAUGAUAAUCAUCCUACUGCUGCUAACACCACCGGGCAAGAGGCGAUCGCCAGUCUUCAUGCUGAACGCUGCAGCCUUGGUCCUUAACUUCGGGCGCAUCCUCUGCUCUUGCAUCUAUUAUACAACCGGAUUUUCGGAUGUUUAUGCUAUGCUUGCGCCGGAUUUCUCUAGAGUUUCGGUCGGUGCUUACGCUAACACAUUUCUGGGCGCGAUCCUCCACGCCCUGUUGCUGAUUUGCGUUGAAAUAUCGUUGCUGUUCCAAACCCACGUCCUGUGUUCGACAAUCCGAAGUGCCUAUCGGCGUCUAGCUCUGAGCUUCUCCGUGGUGUUGGUUCUUGCCGCCAUAGGAUGUCGACUGAUGCAGACAAUUGAGAAUUGCAGAGCAACCAUAAAUCUGAAAUCCUUUGCGUCAUUUAUAUGGCUUCAGAGCCUAACAAAUAUUCUCACCACCGUGAGCAUCUGCUAUUUCAGCACAAUAUUUGUUGCAAAACUCGGUUUCGCGAUUUAUGCUCGUCGGACGUUGGGUUUGACUGGUUUUGGAGCAAUGCAGGUGAUGUUUAUUAUGUCCUGCCAGUCAAUGAUCGUUCCGGCUAUUUUCUCCAUCUUACACCACUUUAUCGACGCUGCUGAAAUGGCUCCACUUGUCCUUACGCUAGUGACACUUUCAUUGCCUCUUUCCUCCAUGUGGGCAGCCCAAGCAGUCAAAAAUAGCUUUGAAGGCGAUAAUAGGGGUCCGACUCAGCAGCGGCAUCUCUUCACUCAGGGCUCCUCCACGGCACAGACGUCAAUGGCUUCGACCCUCGUUGCAAAGCGUACCUCCUCUCCCGACCAUUUAGAUCGCCUUUAUCCGGAUAUUGAUGCUAUUGAAAUCCGCGUGGACCGUGAUUUUACCGUCGAUAUUGAAAAGGGCCAAUAA